GAGUACGUGCAUGAAUACCUGGAAUGAGAUAUUACUAGUUAGUAGAACUGCUACUUGAGCUGAGUUGCUGACAGACAGCAGUUUUCAAAGUGUAAACUAAUCAGUAGUCCUACAUGUUAUCAGUAACACGUCUGGUAAAGAUGGUGGAGGAGCUUUUCAAUGAUAUGGUUUUAUGUUUAUCUCAGGGUUUCUCCAUCCUUUUGUUCUUACCAGCACUUACACACCUGAUUCAACUAAUCAUCAUAUAUUUUAAGACAGUUUAAUAUUUGAGGCAAACAAUUGAACCUUCUCAAAUUAAAACCUGUUUGGUUUGUAGGCCUGUUUACAAUUAUUAAAGUCCUACAGUAACUCACAUCUUGGAGAAAAAAAACACAGCUAAACUUGGUUUCGAGUAAAUUAUAUGUUUAUCAACAAUAAUGUAAGAGAGAUGUCUUGAAGAAACGCGUCUGGGAUUCUAACUCUGUGUCUCAGUGCCCUGCUACAGUGGGAGUGCCCUGCUAUCGUUUUGCAUGGCCCGGUGCUACAGGGGUCAGUGCUCUAAAAUGAGUCUCUCUGGGGAGAGAGCGGAGGGGGACCCUGCCUCUAAAAUGAGUCUCUCUGGGGAACCUGACACCAAAACCAAAACUAAGAGUCCAAUCAAGCAGGAGAGACCAGCCUCCCCUGUUCCCAGCUGUGUGUCCAUGAAGAGUGACCGGUCUAUGGGUCUACCUAUACAGUUUAGAGAGGGAGACUUUUCUACUGAACAAAGUGUGGAACAUGGUGGAGAGAACACAAUGAAACCUGGACUUAGAAAAUAUGCCUGUGAUCUCACACUGGACCCAAACACAGUAUUCAGAUACUGCUUUCUGUCUGAGGGGAACAAAAAGGUGACACAUAUGGGGAAGUACCAUCCGUAUCCUGAUCACCCAGAGAGAUUUGAGCACUGUGGAGAGGUGCUGUGUAGAGAGAGUCUGACUGGGCGCUGUUACUGGGAGGUAGAGUGGAGUGGGGGAGAGGCUGAUAUAGGAGUGGCAUAUAAAGGAAUCAGCAGGAGAGGAGAGUUUAAUGACUGUUAUCUUGGAUACAAUGACAAGUCCUGGAGUCUGCGCUGCUCUGACAACAGUUACAUUGCCUGGCACAAUAAUAACUUCACUACCAUAGACAUCCCCUCCUCCAGCCCCUACAGAGUAGGAGUGUAUCUGGACUGGCCAGCCGGCACUCUGUCCUUCUACAUAGUCUCCUCGGACACACUGACCCACCUGUACACAUUCCACACCACAUUCACUGAACCCCUCUAUCCAGGGUUUCAUCUUUGGGGUUGUGGCGUCUCAGCGUCCCUUUGUCAGGUGAUUCUGAAUAACAAUGACCUGAAGGAUUCAGGAGUGAAGCUGCUCUCUGCUGGACUGGGGAAUCCCCACUGUAAUCUGGAGACUCUGAGUGUGGAACAUGGUGGAGAGAACAGAAUGAAACCUGGGCUUAGAAAAUAUGCCUGUGAUCUCACAUUGGAUCCAAACACAGUAUUCAGAUACUGCUUUCUGUCUAAGGGGAACAAAAAGGUGACACAUAUGGGGAAGUACCAUCCGUAUCCUGAUCACCCAGAGAGAUUUGAGCACUGUGGAGGGGUGCUGUGUAGAGAGAGUCUGACUGGGCGCUGUUACUGGGAGGUAGAGUGGAGUGGGAGGGGAGAGGAAGAGUGGAAAGGGAGAAGGGUUGAUAUAGGAGUGACAUAUAAAGGAAUCAGCAGGAGAGAAGGGGGUGAUGACUGUUGGCUUGGAUACAAUGACAAGUCCUGGAGUCUGCGCUGCUCUGACAACAGUUACUCUGCCUGGCACAAUAAGAAUUCCACUACCAUAGACAUCCACCUCUCCAACUCCCACAGAGUAGGAGUGUAUCUGGACUGGCCAGCCGGCACUCUGUCCUUCUACAUAGUCUCCUCGGACACACUGACCCACCUGUACACAUUCCACACCACAUUCACUGAGCCCCUCUAUCCAGGGUUUCAUCUUUGGGGUCGUGACGCCUCAGCGUCCCUUUGUCAGGUGGUCCCUGUGUCAAACACAACAUGAUGUUUCACUCUAAUCAGUGUCAUGUUCAGUAAGACACACUGGAGCAACAAUGUAAAAUAUCUCUCUAGUGUGUUAACCUCUCUAUCCAGGGUGUUUGGUAUGAAUAUCUCUCUAGUGUGUUAACCUCUCUAUCCAGGGUGUUUGGUAUGAAUAUCUCUCUAGUGUGUAAACCUCUCUAUCCAGGGUGUUUGGUAUGAAUAUCUCUCUAGUGUGUAAACCUCUCUAUCCAGGGUGUUUGGUAUGAAUAUCUCUCUAGUGUGUUAACCUCUCUAUCCAGGGUGUUUGGUAUGAAUAUCUCUCUAGUGUGUUAACCUCUCUAUCCAGGGUGUUUGGUAUGAAUAUCUCUCUAGUGUGUAAACCUCUCUAUCCAGGGUGUUUGGUAUGAAUAUCUCUCUAGUAUCUUUCUCGUGUGUAAACACAUGAAUGUAAAUAUUAGAAUAUCUCUCUGGUCCUGAGAUAUAAUGUUAUUAUUAUAUCUAAAUAUUCAGAUAUAAUGUUAUUAGUAUAUCUAAAUAUUCAAGGUUAUACACCACCUAGUUAAUACUCAUUAAUAGAUUGAAUCACCACACUGUGUUGUAGAAACUGGGUUCAUUAAUAGAUUGAAUCACCACACUGUGAUGUAGAAACUGGGUUCAUUAAUAGAUUGAAUCACCACACUGUGAUGUAGAAACUGGUUUCAUUAGUAGAAUCACCACACUGUGUUGUAGAAACUGGUUUCAUUAGUAGAAUGAAUCACCACACUGUGUUGUAGAAACUGGUUUCAUUAGUAGAAUGAAUCACCACACUGUGUUGUAGAAACUGGUUUCAUUAAUAGAAUGAAUCACCACACUGUGUUGUAGAAACUGGUUUCAUUAAUAGAAUGAAUCACCACACUGUGUUGUAGAAACUGGUUUCAUUAAUAGAAUGAAUCACCACACUGUAUUGUAGAAACUGGUUUCAUUAAUAGAAUGAAUCACCACACUGUGUUGUAGAAACUGGUUUCAUUAGUAGAAUGAAUCACCACACUGUGUUGUAGAAACUGGUUUCAUUAAUAGAAUGAAUCACCACACUGUGUUGUAGAAACUGGUUUCAUUAAUAGAAUGAAUCACCACACUGUGUUGUAGAAACUGGUUUCAUUAAUAGAAUGAAUCACCACACUGUGUUGUAGAAACUGGUUUCAUUAAUAGAAUGAAUCACCACACUGUGUUGUAGAAACUGGUUUCAUUAAUAGAAUGAAUCACCACACUGUGUUGUAGAAACUGGUUUCAUUAAUAGAAUGAAUCACCACACUGUGUUGUAGAAACUGGUUUCAUUAGUAGAAUGAAUCACCACACUGUGUUGUAGAAACUGGUUUCAUUAGUAGAAUGAAUCACCACACUGUGUUGU